AUGAAGUUUUUAAAUUUAUUUUUUGUAUGCUUCCUCUUGUCAUUUUCUCAGACAUCAUUUGCUACACAAUGCUUUCCAACAAAUGGUGGAGUAGGUCCUUCAAUGCCUUUUUUCAGAAUAAUCAAGCCGUCUGCUGAUUCUUAUUCUAUGAAUGAACCUUUAUUUGUAAAUUGGACUGGUUUUCGCAUUGAUGACAACCCCAAUUUGCUAAUACAAUUAUGGUCUGGGGAUAUAAAUAUUAAGAAUUAUUCGGAAGCUGUUUAUUAUAAAAACUCAUCUGUUAAUUGGAUCAAUUGGAUUACUCCAGAUGAGAAUAGUAGUGGGCUUUGUAUUAGAAUAUUCAGAGGAGAUAAUCCAUGUAUAUAUGGUAUUGGCCCUGUGCGGCCUUCUUUUAAAAUUUCCAAACCAUCUCUCGAUCGUUAUCGUGUGGGAACUCCCUUAAAGGUUUCUUGGGAUGGUUUUUUGAUUAAAGAUAAUCAAUUAUGGGAAAAUGAUACUUAUAAAACAUCUUACCGAAAACGUGUAUUUUACGAUAAACGUAGUAUAACUUGGAUUACUCCAAAUUUUCCUGGUGGCAAUUAUGUUAUUAGAAUUUUCGAAAAAAAUAAUAGAUGUAUCAGGG